GUGAUGGGGGCGGAGGAGCGGGUGGAGGCGCUGCAGGGGAUGUAUGAGGCCUGGUUGAAGGAGGUCACCCGGCGCACCGCCUCCCUGGUUGCAGCCUGGCAGUCUGUGGGGUGGUGCCACGGGGUGCUCAACACCGACAACAUGAGCGUGCUGGGACUGACGCUGGAUUACGGACCGUUCGGCUUCCUGGACCGCUACGACCCGGACUUCAUCUGCAACGGCUCCGAUGACAGCGGGCGGUACGACUACAAGGGGCAGCCGGAGAUAUGCAGGUGGAACUGUGAGAAGCUGGCUGAGGCGCUGCGGCCGCUGCUGCCUGAGGCGCGCGGCCGGCGGGCGGUGGCGGAGGUGUGGGAGCCGGAAUACAAGAGGACCUACUUGGCCCUCUUCCGCCGCAAGCUGGGCCUCCUGCCCCUCUCACCACUCGGUGGACAGCGGCAACAGCAGCAGCAGCAGGGGGCGGGGGCUGCCUCCCCUGCCGCCCCUGCCGCCCCUGCCGAAGAGGAGGCGGACGACCCCGAGUCCGAGGCCGACCUGGCGCUGGUGUCCAGUUUAUUGGCGGUGAUGGCGGAGAGCGGGGCGGACUUCACAAACACGUUCAGGUCCCUCUCCCGCUUCCCCACCCCGCCCCCCGGCUCCGACCCCGCCUCCCCCGAGGUCCUCUUCGCGGGGGGGGUGCUGGACUACCUGGUACAGCAGGCAGCUGACGUGGCCACCCUAGCCGAGGCCGCCGCCCCCCGCAUUCCCCCCGGCAACCUAGCCAUGCUUACCCUGAUGGAGACCAAGAACAGGGACCUUCUGCUGCAGAUGGGAGUGACGCCGCAGCUGCUAGCCACGGAGCGGGCCCGGCAGCGGCGCUCCGAGGAGCUGCGCCGCCUCACCCCCGAGACCAAGCGGCAGCGGGACGAGCAGCGGUGGAGGCAGUGGCUGGGGGAGUACGGCGGGCGGCUGCAGCGGGGGGCUGCGGCAGGGGUGGGGGAGGCGGAGAGGGUGGCGGUGAUGAAGGCGACUAACCCAAGGUUCAUCCUUCGCAACUGGAUCGCGCAGCAGGCCAUUGAGAAGGCGGAGCAGGGGGACUUCUCCGAGGUGGCCAGGGUAUACGCGCUGCUCCGAAACCCCUUCAGCGAUGCGGACAUCUCGGACCUCCUCGCGAGCAGCUCCGAAACCGCAGCCACACGUGGCGGAGCCGCAGUCGAGGCGGCAGGCGAAGCGUCGUCGUCGACUGCCGCCGCCGCCGUCGCCGCGGCGGCGCCGCCGACUGGACCCUCCGAGGCCAAGGCGACUGGCGGCGGCGGUGACGGCGGCGCGGCGGCGGCGAGGGGUGUUGCAUGCAGCCUGCCAAUGUACGACGGACAGCCGCCUGAGUGGGCCAAGAAGCUGUGUGUCACAUGCUCGUCGUAAAUCGUAAGGAGCAGAAGAAGAGGGAGACUCCAAGUUGUCGUAAGAAGAAGAGAAGAAAGCUUGUCGAAAGAAGAGAUUGGAUGGGGGAAUGAAUGAGCGAAGGGAAGGAGUUGAAAGCAGGAGUGAAGGGAUGGUGUUGGCUAUCGAGGAUGUGAAGAGACAAAGCUGUUGCAUAAAGAGGAUUGCACCUAACAGUAGUAGACUCCUGAAGCAGGCCUGAAGCACAAGAAGAAAAUUAUGCACCAUAGUUGUGUACAUCCGGUACAUAGGGCAACGGAGGUAGCGUGAUGCAUGCCCUUGUUUGCAUGGAUGUCUACGUUUGCGCACUGCUUGUGCGUAGCAGGGGGUAACUGUCAGGAGGGCUUUCAUGGUGGGUCCUGCGCCGGCUGUUUUUUUUGUUGUGUCAGACUGUGUAGCUGUGGUAAGCCUCUAGAUUGUUAGUGGUGGUCGGGGAAACGGCGAUACCCCGUACGAUGACACAAACAGGGCAUACGACAGAACGCUUGUGCGUGUGUUUUGUUUUCGUGAAACUCCCUUCUUUUCUGAAUCGCGAUUUGUGAAAAAGCGUAUGUUACUUGAAGACUGGAAGCUGCCUUUGGUGGCUGCUAUGUGCAUGUUGCUAUUGGAUAAAGGGCACGGGAAAGGCCGCGGGGAAGAAAGGACAUUCGCAAUUGUUGACGUUGCCAAGA